AUGAAGUCUUAUAAUCCUAGGACGGAAAUGGAAUUGUUGUUAGUUGCUCCAAUCUCAAAGGCAUCAGCUAAUCAGCAAGCAGGUCGAUCUGGGAGAACAGGUCCUGGGAAGUGCUUCCGGUUGUUCACUGUAUAUAAUUACUAUAAUGAUUUGGAUGACAAUACUGUCCCAGAAAUACAGAGGAGCAACUUAGGUAAUGUUGUCCUCACUCUCAAGAGCCUUGGCAUUAAUGAUCUGCUGAACUUUGACUUUAUGGAUCCCCCUCCAUCUGAAGAUUUACUGAAGGCUCUGGAAAUGCUGUAUGCUCUGAGUGCACUUAACACGAAUGGUGAGUUGACAAAAGUGGGUAGAAGGAUGGCAGAAUUUCCCCUUGAUGCUAUGCUUUCCAAGAUGAUUGUGGCUUCUGACAAAUACAAGUACUCUGAUGAGAUCAUAUCUAUAGCAGCCAUGCUAUCUGUUGGAAAUUCUAUCUUCUAUCGGCCUAAGGACAAACAAGUGCUUGCUGACAAUGCCCGCUUGAAUUUUCACAUGGGAAAUGUUGGAGAUCAUAUCGCAUUGCUCAACGUCAUGGACAUUGGGCUGGCUGUUAAGAAUUGGGCUGUAAGCUAA